AUUUUCAAUAAUAAAAAAUAAAGUGCCUUAUUUUUUAUACUUAACCUACAACUUUAUGUGAAAAGAUGAAUAUUCGUACAUCAAUACUACCAAAAGGCAUUGGCGAUAUUGGGGCAACAACAUUUUUUGUGUUUGCCAUUCCAUCUGUAUUUUGGUACGAAAUUGCCUACGUUAUACCAUAUUUCUACGACACAACAACAUUUUGGUAUAAAUUUCACUUUGUGUGUGCAACACUGGUAUUUUUCAACAUAGUCGCAUCGUAUUUAUUUACCAUUUUAUGUGACACAAGCAUUAAAGGUCGUUUAAUUCAAAGCACUGAUGGUACAUCGAUAUGCUCUGUAUGUGAGAGUAUACAACCACCGCGGGCCUAUCAUUGCCCAUUAUGUAAAAUUUGUAUUUUAAAACGAGACCAUCAUUGUGUUUUUACAAGUUCAUGUAUUGGUUUCUAUAAUUAUCGAUAUUUUUUCACGUUAUUAAUAUUUGUAACGAUCGGAUCUCUUUAUGGUGCAUAUUUUCAUGUUUUUUACACUUAUCAUAACGUUGAAUAUAAAAGCAUAAUAACAAUUUUACGAAUUCUUAUGCCAUUAAUGAUGAUCGUUUUGGAUGAAUCCUCUACACAGUUUAUCGUUGCAGUGUUAAUUAUUUUGAUUGUAGGUGUGGUAAUAGGCAUUAUGUUGUUGUAUUAUCAUUUUAAUUUACUGAAAAAUGGAAAAACUAAUUAUGAACACGUACAUAACAUUAAUAAAUAUGAUUUAGGAUUUAAAGAAAAUCUUCGUCAAGUAUUUGGUGAACGAUGGCGUAUUGCAUGGUUAUCACCAAUAAUCCCAUCAAAGUUACCUGGCGAUGGUAUUAAUUUUAAAAUUAGUCAUACAUUCAAAGAUAAAUGAAUUAUUUCAGUCAAUGUAUAUUAUUAUUAUCUAUAUCAAGAUUAUUUUUUACCAGGGCCGUAACACGGGUACACAGCGCAUUUUGAAAAUAUUUAGAUUGCGUCUCUCCUUAAUAAUUUUAGUUUUUGUUACCUAAUAUUUUUAAACUGUGAACGGAACAGUGUUUCCUUGGGAUUUUUCCCUACAAGUGUCGCGUGCCUGCAUUUUUACACCCUAGUUACGGUCCUGUUUUCAACAACCAAGGGGCUAAAAACAAAAAAUGCAACGAAAUAACGAUGAUAUUUUUUAAAUUGUAAUAUAUAGGAAAAGACCGUGCUGUAAGGUAGAGUAUAAGGCGUUAUACCCUGUGGUUUGAUUUGACAAAUUAGCGUAUGCCUUGUACUUAUUUAAAUUGAACAGAUUUACACUUUAGAUUAUACAUUUCCAACGUAUACCCUCUAACAUGUUUGCCUAUAUACCGUAUACGUUCUUCCGAUUUUACGAUUACAGCACUGUAAAUUAAAAUGAUUACAGUAAAGAA